AUGAUGCUGCCUGCCGAUACCUCCGGCCUCAAGCGGUCACGGCCGUCGUAUCUCGACGAUGCUGUUGACGCGCUCCAACAUCUCCCGCCACCCGACAUCGAUGCCAAUCCGGACUCGCUCUCCUCGCUCUACGACCGCGCCGUCCGCCUCGCCGAGGCCACUCAGCAGCAGGCGUCUAUCCCGGCCCUUGACGCUGCCCUCGCCGCUCGCAGUGCCCGUUCCGCCAGCGUCGUCGAUGCUGUCGGCAUCGCCAUCGAUGCUGCCUCUGUUGCCGUUCUCGUUCAGAGUAUCACAGGUGGCAGCAGUACUGGUCAUGGUCACGUUGGCCGACAUCGCCAGCCGCCCCUGACGGCCUGUCCGCCAGGCACCUUCUGGCUGUGGACAAAAUACUUCAAGCAGGUCACUGUGGCUGGCGUCGUUCCAUCCGAAAGAUCCAACAAGACUAGCCCGUUUGCCCACACCGUGAAGAGGCAGAAGAUGCUUCCUUUCAGCCCUUGCUUGGCAACGUCAUCCACCACCGCCUCAUCGACCACCCUCUUCGAUCUGCUCAGCUCCGUGGUCUCGUGUCCCGACCUCGUCUUUCACGUGUGCUCCUAUCUGCAACCGGCCGACGUCUUCAUGCUCUACAGCGUCAGUCGGGUCUUCAAGGCUACCGUCGACGCUGACUUGUCGUCCAACAAUGCCCGUCUGGGCCGUCUCUUUGCGCCCGAGUCGACCGCCGUCUUCCCGUGGAAUCUGUACCACGGCAAGGGAGAGCCCUCCCUCCGCCACCUCUCCAUGCUGCUCAGCCGGGAACGCAAGGUCCGCGACAUCAUCGCCUGCCUCGCCCGUUCUGGCCAGCGCCUGCCGCAGCCUGGCGCCUCUGUCGCCCUCAAGAAGGUAUGGCUGCUCAUGGACGUGGCCACGAACCGCGGCCGUCACGCCCUGGUCCGGCGCCUGUUCACCGACAACGACCUGCUGGCCGUCCAGAUCUUCUGCACGAAGCUGGCCAUGCACCUGCACGAGCCGCUGUAUGCCGUGCCGGGACGGGCUCUGGGUGGCGGUGGUGGCGGCGGCAUCACCACGGCCGCGCCCUUCUCGCGCUCCCUCGCUGAGGUCCUACUGGGCCAACGUGGCGGUCUCCAUUCGUUGUGGCUGAUGCUGCGCGGAAAGGCCUUUGGCACGCCACGCGAGGCCCUUGAGCUCAAGGUCCGAUACGACUACCUUCCGCCCGUCCUGCCCGAGCUGAUGGUCGUCGAGGCUUUCGACGAGCACGACGACAGCUUGGUCGACAGCAGCGACGCCAUCGCCGCAGAGUACAGUGCCUCCCACGGCCUGACCCUUGUCAAUAUCGGCGACAACCGUACCGACUUCCCUCACGCAGACAUUUCGCCCUUUGCCGCCCUCAUGGCUACCAUCCAUUCCGUCCCCCUCUGGGAGAUGGGCGUUGGACACCUCGAGGGCUGGGGCCUGGGCACACAGCACCUGCUGCGGCCCGAUGAGCUUAUCCCGCUCGAAGCAGCGCGGCGUGGCCUCGACCUGCGCUCCCAUCUGCCUUUCCUGACCAUCUGGGGCAGCCGUGACUUUGAGACUGGCACAAACCUGGCACCGACGCUCGAUGAGAUCUACAUGUCGGACGAGGAUCAAGGAACCCCCGCCGUUGAGGACAAGGAAUACACGGAAAAGCCGGUCAAGACCAAGGAAGCGGACGAUGUGCUGGUGGUGACAGUGGACCGUUGCCAUCAUGAUCUCAGAAGCGCGCAGGAACGCUUGCGUCGUCUUGGCGGUAAUGUUCCCUGCAUCAAGGGCGAGUGGCAGCCAUGGCAGGUGCUCAAGGCGCGCUGGGGUGAGCUCUCGUCCCGCCAGAAGCUGGACAUCUGGUGGGUGUGUCAGCAGGAGCGACUCAAAUCACAGGCAUGGCAGCACGAUGCAGUACAGGGCAGAAAUGAGGACGACGAAGGCGACGAGGCUCCACGGCCGGAAGACGCGGCUUCUGUCGCUUCUGACAUCAACGCAGUGGGGGUCGCUGACAGCGACAGCGAGGAGGACAAGGAAGAGACUGCGAUUGCAGUGCCCGACGACAACGGCGACAACGGCGAGCUUCGAAUGAAGUAUAUGGACGACAGUGAGAGUGAAGUCGAGAGCGACAGCGACAACGAAAGCGACAUGUUUGUCCUGGACAACCAAGACCAUGAACUCGACAGCCCUGACGAGUCUGGAGGCAUCCACUUCCGCCGUCGUCGUCGCCACGGCCGUCGUCGUCGAGCCUAUCCGCCAAGUGGUGCCCAGGGCUCGCUGCGUGUCCCGAGCGGCGCGUCAUCCCGGUCCUUUUCUCUGCACCACCGCCGCCUCAUGGCUGCCUGUGUCGAGACCGCCCUGCAGCAGCAGGCCGCCGCCGAUGCCGAGCUCGUCGCCCAGGCUGACGAGCCGUAUGUGGAAGAAGAGCUCGAGUGGUGGGAGCAGGCGCUGGAGACGAUGCUAGCUGCAGAGGACAGCGUGAACGCGGAAGAUGGGAGCGAGAACGAAGGAGAAGAUGAAGGCGAGACCGGGAACGGUGCCAUCCAGAACAACGCCGACGAGAGCCCGGCUAUGGUGGAACAGGAGCUGUCGACUCAGCCAGCAGUGAACGACGAGGAGGACGACGCCGCCGCCCAGAGCGACAAUGCCACCCAUCCCGAUGUUGUGCAGGUCCGGCACUACGGCGGCGACGAAGACGUGCUCGAGCUGCUGGAUGAGCUGGCUGCCGCAGAGGCUGCCGCCGCGAUUGCCCCUCCCGCCAUCGCCGCAGCCGUGGCCGCCGACGUGGACCGCCUGCGCGAGAUCCUGGACGCGCGGAUGAAGGCUGAGGUUUUUGCUCUGGAUUUUGGUGAGAUCUAG